CUUACGUGCAGGUGGGGUGCACGCAAUAAUAACGCCUGGGGAUGUUGUGUCCCAGCAAGCGACCGUUAGCCUUGAAUUAUUAUUAUUAUUAUUAUUAUUAUUAUUAUUAUUAUUAUUGUUGUUAAUGACGCUGGGUAUAUUGCAAUGCUUUAUACUGGAACGAAGAAGAAAGCCGUGGAUAUUUAACUCUGAAUUCAGGACCUGGGUUUCUGUUCUCAGCUAUGCAACAGAAUACAAUUAUUCAUAAUAAUAUCAGCAUGUAAACGCGGCUGUCUGAAACGGAUGCUUUAAAUUUGAAACGAAAAUAUUUAGAAAGAAAUAAGAAGAACUGUGUUUUUUUAUUUUAAAUAUUGAUGUGGGAGUCAAAUUGUGUCACCACACUGGGCGACGGAUGAACACGAAACAAACACACGGUCACACCGUCGCUGCUUGGAAAAAAAAAAACACCCCGAAAAAGCCGUGAUUUUAAUGUUUCAUUCGAACAGAGAGUUGAGUGAUGUCGUGGACUGGCUUUUGUGGUUAAAACGUUUGACAUUCAUCAUGACAUUUCCUGAUUGCCAAAUGGAAUGACAAACACCUUAAUUACGACUGGAUUUUUUUUUUUCUCCAAAAAGAGGGCUUUUUAAUACAAUAGCAAUAUUUUUGUAUCAGUAACACAUUUUAUGAUUCAUCAUAUUUUUUAUACUGUAACUUGGAAUGUCAUUAUUUACACUAUUUUGUGCAAUCUGGUUUCAUUAUUUGAUUUGACAUUCCUAAUUAUUAUUAUUUAUUUUUAUUUAUUUUUUUUACAUAAAAGAAACAGUUUGGGAACACAGCCGGCAGUGGUUCAGUUAAUUGGGACACGUUGCUUGUGAGUUAUUGCUGCCGCAGUGCAAGCAUGCCUACGUCUCGGUCUGGCGCCUGUGCUGUUGAGUUCUGGGUCGACGGCUCUCGUAGAGACACCGCGCUGGAAGAUUUUUAUACUAAGGGCCCAGAAUUAGGAAGGGGCGCCACUUCUGUGGUUUUCAGAUGUGAAGAAAAACAAACGCAGAAACCAUAUGCAGCCAAAAUCCUGAAGAAAACCAUUGACAAGAAGAUAGUCAGGACAGAAAUCGGGGUCCUGCUGCGGCUGUCGCACCCCAAUAUUCAGAUCAAACUGAAGGAAAUCUUUGAGACGGCAACAGAGAUAAGCCUGGUCCUGGAGCUGGUGACUGGGGGAGAGCUGUUUGACAGGAUCGUGCAGCGUGGAUACUACAGUGAGAGGGACGCAGCCCAUGUCAUCAAGCAGAUCCUGGAAGCUGUGGCGUAUUUGCAUGAGAAUGGGGUGGUGCACCGGGACCUGAAGCCGGAGAAUCUGCUCUAUGCUGACCUUUCUCCGGAUGCAACUUUGAAAAUAGCGGACUUCGGGCUGUCGAAGAUCGUGGAUGAGCAGGGUGCCAUGAAGACGGUGUGUGGGACUCCUGGGUACUGUGCACCAGAAAUCUUGCGUGGGAAUGCUUACGGGCCGGAAGUGGACAUGUGGUCGGUCGGGGUGAUAACAUACAUUCUGCUUUGUGGGUUCGAACCAUUCUUUGACCCGCGGGGGGAUCAGUACAUGUACAGCCGCAUCCUUAGCUGUGAUUACGAGUUUAUAUCCCCCUGGUGGGAUGAAGUGUCCCUCAACGCCAAGGAUCUGGUGUGUAAGCUUAUCGUCCUGGACCCCCAGAGGAGGCUGUCCGUCCAGCAGGCCCUGCAGCACCCCUGGGUCUCUGGCAAGGCAGCCCGCUUCUCCCACAUGGACACCACGCAGAGGAAGCUGCAGGAGUUCAACGCCCGACGCAAGCUCAAGGCAGCCAUGAAGGCAGUGGUGGCUACCAGCCGCAUCGGCAACCACAGCCAUCACGAGACCUCCCGAGGGAACCGGCAGCCAGAGAGCGCAGACAGACAGACAGAUGGACAACCCACUAAGAAUUCCCCAAGGCACGCCAGAGCACACUGCAGUUCCGAGAGCAAGCUGCUACCAAUCAAUACUCCUUCAACCCCAGCCCCCCAGCCCCCCCAGGGCAGCCCCAAAACCAGAGAACCCAACACACAGCUAGAGCCCCCCAUCAGCAUCCCUCGGGCUACCAGCAACGACCCUGAACCUCCCUCCGCCAGCUCAGACCACAGCAAGCACCCUCAGCCUACCACUGCCCCCAAAACUGCCAUUGUCCGGCCGCGGACCCCCAAAAAGUGCUGUUCUUUAGGAUCCACAAACAAACUUCCAUCUGUUUCCCCAGCUCCUCCUAGUCCAAAAAACAUCAGCAAUGGAUUCGUGAUGGAGUCCCACAACAAGAAGGCCCACUGCAAAUAGCGGCCUGCCAAAGACCUG